CAUCCAAUAUGGAGUCAAACGAAAGUUCUGCUACUUCCCUUCAGUCCCCGUUCACGGAGAACGUCUCUCAACCUGCCGAUGAAUCAGAAGAAGCUCAAGCUGAGCAGAAUAUUGACACUCCAGAACCGCCCAAAACUCCAGAGACUGUGGUGGUUGAGCCCCCCUACAAUGCUCCUCCUAUACACUUUAUUAUAAUCUCCAUCGGAGAGAAAUCAUUGCUGGUUAAUGUCAGCUGUAGGAAAGCGAACUUCAUAGAUUUUGUGAAAAAAAAAUGUAGAUUGCACAUAAUCUUGACAGAAGUGACAGCAGUGAGGCCCUGUUUUCCAGACUGGGAAAUCUAUCAUCCAGAAUUAGCAGCUCUUUUACAAAACAGUGUCAAGGUGUCAAGGAAAGGAUCUCGAGGACAAUCAGAGGCUUCAGACAAGAGAGAUCUCAAGAAAAAACAAAAUGCUUUGUUUAAAAAAAACAGUUUCCACAAGUGAACAAAUGUGGAUCACGUAACUUUUGGUUGGAUGGCGCUCUAAGGCAGAAAUUUCCAUUUCGUUUCUUUUAGACCAUUGACUAUAUUAUCAUGUCAUUAACUCGCUCCGGUCACAUCAACGACAGACCACAAUUCAAGGAAUUGGUUUAAAAAAAAAUGAAUUCAAUUUCCAAUAGUAAAUGCAAGAAAAAAAAAUUCUUAAAAAAUAAAGUGCAUAUUAAAAUAAGAGCAAUAUAUCAGUCCUAGCAGUGACAUAUAUUGUAAGAAAUGUUUUAAUCAACUAAUUAAUUAACUCCUUGUCCAUGACUUGAUCUAGUCGUAUUCUUUUUUAAUAACACUAACUUUAUAUGCUUUAUAUGGAUUAAUUUAUUUUAUUCUGUACAAUGUUUUUUUAUUAUGUUUUUGUUAUUGACUUUGUCUAUCAUGACCAAAAUGAGGCUUACGUUUCUUGAUAAAAAUUAUUUCAUUA